AUGGGGGUGAGACUAACUAUACUACACUUCUGGUGCCUCACUGUGGUGCACCACAUCUACAGAGUUGACGGCUAUGGCAGUGCCACGCUGUCGCUACUGGGAGCAAAGAGCAAUCCGACGUACGGCUUCUUGGGAGAGCUUGAGGCCAAUAAUCCGCACAAGGAACAUAAUCACGUUGCAGACAGAGGGCAUACCCAGCAUCAUGGAUCGCACCAUGGCAGUGAAGGCCAUGGACAUUCGCACCACGUUGAAAGUACGGGGCACGAGCAUGGUACACGACACCAUGUGAUACACGAACAUGGCAAAGAAGGGCACAAAGCACAUAACCAUGCUCAUCCAACGAACCACCACAGCCACAGUGGCGGCGCCCACGAGCACUCUGGACACCAUGAAGCCGCGCACCAUGGCCAUUCGAAGCACCACGCGAGUUUUUGUGAAACACACAACUGCCCAGGCGGUCGCAAGGGAAUUGUAGUAGAUGAAUCCGGCGGAAUCCCAUUGUUCCCUUCCUUCCUGGCGGCAGACAUACCUGACUUUCUGGAGAGUCGCAACUUCCUCUACGAGCCGUCUCAUGCAGCAAUCGCCACAGUUCCAGUUCAUCCUCACAAAACUCCAGCACAAGCGAAUGGAUCACACGAAAUCGCAAAGGAUGAAACGGGAAACCACGAGGAUGCCAAACAUGAAAAUGUUGAACACGGCGGGGACUCACAGCACAAAUCUAAAGCCGAAGAAGCCGGCAAUGGUCACGAAAAUUCGCAUUCUUCAUCCAAAUAUGAGGAUGAAGAGUUUGAGGGGGAUGACGACGAGGAGUACUUUAAGGACGACUACGACGACGAAGAGGGGGAUGAAGAUGAAUACGAUGAGGAAGAUGAAGGGGAUGACGUUAGUGAAAACAAGGAUUCCAAUAACCACAAUGUCCCCGUAUGCAAGCUAGCUCCUGUCGGAAAUCAUCAAAAGGACGGAACUAUCGUUCAAGGCGUAGAAGAGCAGCAUUCGGGGACCCAGGGUGCCGCUGAUAAGCAACAUCCCAUAAAUGCUACACAUGCGGACCAUACCGAUGCUGUCACGUCAAACGAGUACAUUUCAGCCGGGGACAUCCGUGUGGAUAAGCAUACAGGCGUUGCUUGCAGGGUUCGCCCAGCGGCGCACAGCAAUGAUGCAGAGCAGUCCAUGGAAACUGCACCACUGGCUACUCACCACAAGGACAUGGAUAUCCGCACCCACAACUCAGAGGAUGCGUCUGCAACAACAGAAUUAAACGUGUCGAAACCGUCGGAGGAAACAGCUGAUGAUGCUCACGCGAUGGAGGGGUCGGCCGUUGAUAGCGAUGAAAGCAGUGAACAUACGGAGGAAAGUGAACAUGCUGGAACGGAGCCAUCUGCUCAACAGUCUACGGAUUCUGCUGAAGAAAACAAUGCUGCUGAUGCGUCACACCCUAACGAAUCCAGUGCUGCAGAUGCACUAAACUCAGAGGAUUCCAAGGGCGAACACAUCACCGCCGACGAAGAGCAUCACCAACACACUGAAAGAAUGGAUGCCAAUCAUAAAACUCCGAUAGUGGAUGAUGAAAUGCAAGGUGAGUAUGAUGAUGAGGAAGACAAGCAUGACGGUAAGGUUAAUGAUGAGACGCAGGAGCACGACGGAGAGCACGGUGAGCAUGAUGAUGAAGAUUUUGACGCUGAAGACGAUGAGGAUGACGUGAAGGAUGCCUCUGCAAACGAAGAGGACUCGGAGUCAUCUAAGCAGAAAAACGAAUCGCAUCCAGAAAGCAGCAGCUCGUCGGCCGAAGACGCAAACUCUGAUUCGUCAAAGGCCAAGAUGGACGUAGAUGAAGAAUCUGCAGAUACGAAAAGUCGGGACGAUGAUAAAGAGGAAGCGGAUGAUGAAGAUGAAGACGACGAUGAUGCAAAACAUACUGAAAAGGAGGAGCAAGAUGAAUCCGAAUCCCAUAAAGCAGGCGAAAAUUCGGGUGAUAUGGAGGAUCAUGAAAGUGGCAAAGAUUCUACAAAUAACACCGAGACCGCAACUACCGCCAGCAAGCCAGCCGACAAAGAAGCCAAAGCGGAUAAAGCACUAGUAAAUGCCGAUGCCGCAAAUGCUGGCGCCAACAAGGCAGAGGCAAAUAAAUCAAAUAUGAAGCCUGACUCUACGGCAACUCAACCUGUAACGCCCGCUAUACCACAGGAUGUUGUAAGCAAGGUAGAACCUAUCGCAUCACCCACCGUAGACGGGAAGGCAGUCGCAGUUGCCACCGCCAAGCCCCUGAUAGAUGAAAGUGCUAUCCCUUACUGUUCCGGCAUAGAUUCAGACGAAGGGGCUGCAUCGGCUUAUGACGAACAAGGCGAUGUACAGUCCAGCAAAUCCACUUCCACAAAGGGGGAUGAGGACGAUGACAAUGAGGCUCGUGAUGAAGAAGAACACGAAGCCUCCGAGCACCAAGAGGAAGAAGAGGGGGAGGAAAACGCAAGUCAGAGCAAAAACGACGAUGAAGAGGAAGACGAAAAGGAAGGAGACGAAGCAGAUGACGAAUAA